UGUUUCUUCACGCGAGUCAGUGUCCACAGUGAACGGGAUGAGAAAAGGUGCGGUCGUCUUUUUCUUCUCCCUUUUGCUGUCUUCUCUCCUUUGUUCGGAGGCGAAGAACAGCAGAGAGAAAUCAAUCCCACCCGUUGUACUAAUCCCUGGAGAUGGAGGAUCACAGAUAGAAGCGAAGCUGGACAAGCCAUCAGUAAUCCACUACAUUUGUUCAAAGAAGACGGAAGGAUGGUUCGACCUGUGGCUGAAUAUGGAGCUUCUUGUUCCAUAUGUUAUAGACUGUUGGGUGGACAACAUGAAGCUGGUAUAUGACAAUGAAACACGUACAACUACUAAUGCACCAGGAGUUACAACAAGAAUACCUGGAUUUGGCAACUCGACUACAGUUGAAUGGCUAGACCCCAGUGAACGAUCUCCUACCGGGUACUUCAAGGAUAUUGUCAAUGCUCUUGUCUCAAUGGGAUAUGAAAGAGGGGUGUCUGUGCGAGGAGCCCCUUUCGACUUCCGCAGGGCCCCAAAUGAGCACGGCGAAUACUUCCAUGACCUCCGCAGGCUAAUCGAGGAAACUUACCAGAGCUUAGGGAGGAAGGUGAUUCUCAUCCUGCACAGCAUGGGUGCCCCAAUGAUGCACUACUUCCUGAACCAACAGGAACAACAUUGGAAAGACAAGCACAUAGAAACUGUAGUGUCCCUGGCUGGUGCAUGGGGAGGCUCCAUCAAAGCUGUCAAAGUUUAUACAGCCGGGGAUAAUCUGGGUAUCUAUGUCAUUAGCUCGUUAAAAGUAAGAGCCGAGCAGAGAUCAGCUCCCAGCCUGGCCUUCCUCCUGCCCUCUUCCGACCUCUGGGGACCUGACGACAUCCUGGUUGAGACACCCACGAAAAACUACUCAACGUCAAACUUCCAAGAACUUUUUGAGACCCUGAACUUGCCCGAUGCCUACGAGAUGUACCUGGACACCAAGGAUUUACUGAAGAACCCCCCGGCGCCUGGUGUUGAAGUCCAUUGCCUGCACGGGGAGGGAGUUGAAACGGUCGAAAAAUUAGUCUAUGCUGCUGGUAAAUUCCCGGACUCCCCAAAAGUCGUGUAUGGUGGAGGGGAUGGAACGGUCAACUUAAGAAGUGCAAGGCGUUGUUUAGAAUGGGUUGGCAAACAGAAGCAGAAGGUUUACCACAAGCCCUACCAAGGUAUUGACCACAUGCAGAUCCUGCGUGACCCUAACGUCAUCAGUUAUGUAGUGGAGUUAGUUCAGAACAUAACUAAGAAAAACAUAAGGCUGUCACAGAGAAAGGCUAAGAAUCUGUUUCAACUACACAAGAAGAGGAAGGACAAGGCAGAGCAACGCAUUCUCAAAACAGAAGAUAAUGACAUUGUCAUGCUAAGGAAAUGGUUUGAUGCAAUAUAUCCCAACAAAGAGGAAUAUAUGAAACAACAAAGUAAUUCCAGGGUAAAUAACCGACAUCCUAACAGCAUACAAGCAUUACUAAAUGAGGAUUACAAAGUGACGGAAUCGUGACGGAGGCCUACAGUGUACUGAUGUAAUUCUCCUUUCCUCUGACAAAUCUUUCCACAGAAGUAAGAAAGAUAGCAAAAUCUUAGUCACUAGAUUAAGCUUUAUUCCAUUGGUUUAUGAUAAUGAGUCUAUUCAUUACAAUCUACUUUGGCACAAAUGACUUAGCAUGAUUAUUAUAUCCCAGUUGCCUUUUCCCAAUGAGGUCUUUCUUUUUUAUGAAUCUUUUGAGUUAUCAUUGACCAGACAUUAGUUUCAAUGCACAAAUGACUAAAAGAAGUGUUCAUAUACUUAAGGAAUGAAAAUAUGAUUUGUUUAUAAGAUAUCAGUUCUUAUAGUGAAAGUUUUAUUGUGGUAGGUAUCUGCCUUAUUAAGGAGAAGGUAUGCUGUUUGUGUAUUACACUGUAUGUAGUCUUGCUCAAAAGUGUGUUAGCAUAGAGAUUGUAUGAGUUAAGUUAUGUAUGAAAACUAGAGUGGUAAUAUUCAUGUGGCUUCUUUGUAAGCUUGAAUUUUAUGAUAUGGUGCCCUACCUCUGUCUGUGAAUAUGUAAUGCACAGAAGGAACAUUUUAAUUUUAUAUGACAUAUUGUAGUGUGAAAUGUAUUUAUCAGUUUCUCAUUAGCAGUUAUUUUAAUUUUCCAAUUCCUCAUUAGAGGUAUGAAGUUUGUUCAGAAAUGAAACUUGUGUAUUGAGCCUUCAAUACGGAAUGUGUAUAAGUACCUGAUAAAGCUGAGAAUCAUGAUUAUAAUACCUAAAAUUUACAUCUCAAGAUUGAUAUGAAGAUAAAGGAAACAGAUCUAAUAUUGCACUUGAUAAACUGUCAUUGCAUAUACUAAGGAGUGUGGAACAUCUCAGUUAUCAGGCAAAUCAGAUAUAAGGUUUGUGUUUGGAAUUGUGAUAUUAACUAUAAUUAAGAGAAAGAAAUCUCCAUUUUCAUGGAAGAAGUAUUCAUGAAUUAGAAAUGCAGUUUCCAUGAGGUGAGUGGAAAUAGGUUUUAGGUAAUGACAAAGGAAAAUGAAAAUAUAAGUAUUGUUAACAUCUUUGAAGAUAUAUCAGUGACCCUCUUUCCUGUAGUGCAUCAUGUCAUGUUGCAUUGUUAUGAGAGUAUGUAAUGUAUAAAGAUUGUAAAUGUCGACAAGAAUAAAGGAACUUCAUUUGUUCUAUUUACAUGACAGGUUUACUGAGAGAAGGUCAAUAGAUCCCAGGGUGUGUUGGUGUCGUAAAGGUAAUUUCAUGCAUGAAGAGUAUAGGGAAAGAAUCAAGCCUUAUUCUUUGUAAAUGUAAAACUCUAAACAGAAGAACAAAUGUGAAACUAUGUUGUUGUUUCAUUCUUUGAUAGAUAUUGCAUGUUACUCUUGUAUAAUCAUAAAUUAAUCAGUUAUAUUGCAAUCACUCUUCUAGGAGUAAGACGUGUAAGAUUCAGUAAGUUCCUCUUUCGGAAAUCGUUGAAACUUGAUGAAAGAAUCACUUUCUUCAAUCUGUUACCCGAUAAGUGUUUACUCGUGAUUCACUUUUAAGUGGUAUGCUUUAUGAUAUCAGAACUGACUGCUUAAACAACAUUCAGGUACAUAUGAACUAUGUGUAUGAUUUAGUUGUAUGUUUAAUAUCCUUUAAUAUCCUAUUUAUAAGCUGAAAAGUUACUAUUAUGGAUAGAACUAAUAUAAAAGAGAAGUUAUUGUAGUGAAAGCAUUGCAUAAGACUAAUGUUUAUUAUUUGAUUAUAUAAGAAUUUGAUUGAAAGCUUUUAUGCUAAGAAUUAUUAAUAUUUCUUUCGAACUGAAAAUGGCAUUAAAGAGAUUAUGCACAACAAAAUUUAUGAUACAAUCCAUUGAAUUUUUGUACAGAAAUCUCAGUUCCUUUAUAUAGUAGUAUUUUAAGUGUGUCAUAUCCUGAAGGUGUAAGAUAUUAGUGAGUUGUAAAAAAUUGUUUUUAAUUUUUUCUGAUGUAGUUUGUAAAAGCAGUAAUAGCUUUUUCUGGAGAGAUAUAUUUAAUAAAUAUGUAUAUGUACUAAGCAAUUUCAAAACUUUAUUUUCACUGGCUGGAAAGCUAAAAAUGUAUAUUCCCUCUUUUGUUUUUAUCCCAAAUGGUCUUGGUGGGCACAAUCUAGUUCCAAGAAAUUAAUAAAGCACACAAAGUUUGUAAAGUUUUGCUUUUUAGUUAAAGAUUGUGAUAGGACUUUGGUAAUGAUUUGCUUACUAUUUUAUAAGUGUCCUUUUCAAGAUGUAGACAUAACGUAUAUAUUUAUUACAGUUUUAUAUAAGCUUGAGCCAUGUUUAGUAGAAGGCAGUUAACCCUUUUAGUAUUAUCAAUUGCCAAUAACCCAUUGCUUUGGGGAAAUAACACUAUCCACCGUUUUUUUUUAUUUUGUGAAUUUUGUUUCCGCAUAGGUGGCUUCACAAGUGCUCACCCACCAAGGAGCCAGUUAUUAGGACAACACCUCACGUGGUUUCCCUUUUCCUUGAAUUUUCAGGAAACUUGUGUUUUUCUAAAGCUAUUAAUGUCAAUGUUGUUAUUGUUAUUAUUAUUGAUAUGAUAUUUUUGAUGAUAUUAUUAAUAAUACUAUUAACAAUCCUAAAUUUAAAAUCAGUUUUAGCAAAGAGCAGGGAAGAGGGUAAACAGGUGCGAUUGUUAAGACAAGUAAUUGACUCCUUGGUGAUUAAGCACUUGUGGAGCCAUCUAUGUGUAAAGAUAAUUAUCAAACCAAAAAAAAAGACAGUUUACAUGGCAUGUAUUUUUGCUCACCUUGUAUCAGUGGGUUAAGCUAUACAUAAUGUGCUGGCUAUUCAUUUGUUUAUCUAUAGGUUCCUGCAGAGCAAGCGUAUUUUAUAGUUUGAGGCUUCAUAUAAAAAUGAAUAUGAUGUUUCCUUGGUGACAGGAAAGGGAAAUAUAUCAUUUUAUUUUAUUUUACUUGUACUUGUGAGUAUUUAGGUUAGGAAAUCAAAUGUAUUAUUCUAUUUUAUUUUACUCGUGCUUGAGAGUAUUUAGGUUAGGAAAUCAAAUGCUCUUGGACAGGCAGGUUGAACCUAAAUUAACUUUUACUUGAAAAUAUAGAAACGAGAAAGUGAAACUGGCUAUUGGUCAUACAAAUAAAUUUCACUUAUUUUUACUUAGAAGUAUGUGUAUAUGCAGUAACUCAUUUAUACAGUAAUGAUAAAUAUAUUGGAUUCCUAUACUUGAAGGUAUUUAUAUUGGUAAAUGGCUCUGUUCAUAAGUCUGUGUGUAGAUGGAUAACAGAUUGUCCUAAUGAAGAAUUUAUUUUUACUUAUUUUAAAGUGGUUUAUUUGAAACGAGUUUCUAAAAAUAUAAUACUGAAUUAAUUACCUUACGUAGGAAGUGUGAAUUUAAUUUCUCUUCAAGAAAGAUAUUAUCCGUCAUAGUCAUUUCCUUAUAAAAGAAUGCAUGUAUUAUUUUUUCAUAAAUAUUUUCAUAACUCUUUUCUUCUUUAUCUGGAAAAGUAAUUGAAUUACUGUAUUUUAUGCUAUUUGUUUCUUUAUCUGGAUAAAGAAAAAUCUGCAAUUCUGAAUUAUCUUUUUUUUCAUAUGUAGGUUAUAAUUAUUAUCAUAGUUAUUUGAUGAAUAUCAGGGACACACCCAGUUAACGGGAAAAGUUCAAGGUGCUUGAAUUUUAUGUUCAUUUUCUUCUAUAUGUUAAAAGUGAUUUUUUACUCAAUUAGGGACUCCAUUCCCUCUUAAUCAGAGUCACUGAGGUUAUUCUUUAUUAAAGAAUUGCAUUUUC